CCAACCCCUUUGCUUUGAGAAACAGAUUCCCAUCCAUGGGUGGCAACCUUUUCCUAUUUAAAUGAUUGAAGCAUCCUAGAGCAACAUAUUGCAUUCCAUUUCGAAAAGUAAUUGAUCAAGUGAGUGAGAAUACACAUGGCUGGUGAGAAGAGCAAGAUUCUGAUCAUCGGAGGCACCGGUUACAUCGGUAAGCAUGUAGUGGAAGCAAGCGCAAAAGGUGGCCACCCCACUUUUGCUUUGGUUAGGGAAUCCACAAUCUCCGACCCCUCCAAAGCACAAAUCAUCGACCAUUUCAAGUCUUUGGGAGUUCAUAUAGUUCCUGGUGAUCUAUAUGAUCAUGAGAAGCUGGUGAAAGCUAUCAAGGAGGUUGACGUGGUGAUAUCCACGGUGGGUCACGGGCAGAUAGCCGAUCAGGUCAAGAUCAUCGCUGCUGUUAAGGAAGCUGGUAACAUCAAGAGAUUUUUCCCUUCAGAAUUUGGCAACGAUGUGGACCGUGUGCAUGCUGUGGAGCCAGCAAAAUCUGCAUUUGAAGUAAAGGCACAAAUUCGGAGGAAGAUUGAAGCGGAAGGCAUACCUUUCACCUAUGUCGUCUCCAACUGCUUUGCUGGCUAUUUCUUGCCCACACUCGUGCAGCCUGGUGCCUUCGCACCUCCUCCUCCCAGAGACAAAGUCAUUAUCUUGGGCGAUGGAAAUCCCAAAGCAAUUUUUACCAGCGAGGCAGACAUUGGAACUUACACCAUUAGAGCGGUGGAUGACCCAAGAACACUGAACAAGGUUCUCUACAUCAGACCCCCUAAGAACACUCACUCGUUGAAUGAACUUGUUGCCUUGUGGGAGAAAAAGAUUGGCAAGACCCUCGAAAAGACUUAUGUCCCGGAAGAAAAACUUCUAAAGGAUAUUCAAGAGGCACCUAUUCCAGUCAAUGUGAUAUUAUCAAUCAACCAUUCGGUGUUUGUGAAGGGUGACCAGACCAACUUUGAGAUUGAGCCUUCUUUUGGGGUUGAGGCCUCCGAGUUGUACCCAGAUGUCAAGUACACCACCGUGGAAGAGUACCUAGACCAGUUCGUUUGACAGCUAAAAAACAAAAAAGAAUGAUGCUCAUUAUACAAAAUAAUUCAGAUUUUUCUUUGGUGUUUGAUGCAAUCUGCUACCCUUGUUACUACUUGUUUGCUAUGUAAGACUCUUGUGUUAUGGUGCACCAAAUCAAAAGAGAAAAAGAAAAUAAGGAAAAAAAAGAAAGAGCUAGUGUGAAAAUGGCGUUCAAUGUGUUUGAUCAUUUCAUGGUGCAGAAUAUGUUUAAGUGAUGAGUUACAUUAAUAUUCA